AUGUGGCUGAAGAGAGUUCGCACGAUCAAGUACAGCUCUGUGAAAACAAAAUGCGAAGACCAACACCAUCUUCACCCUACUCCUCAUCACCAUCAUUAUCACCACCACCACCACCAUCGUCAUCAUUCCCAACGACUUUCAUCAACACAAACAACGACACUCAACGAAUAUGCCAUCGAUGAUGAUGAUGAUGAUGACGUCAGCACUGACGAAAGCGACAGUUUUUACGAAGACCUCCAAAAACGCAUCCAAAUAAACGUAAGUGGGCAGCAAUUCGAAAUAGCUUUGCACCUACUCAAGCAGCAUCCAAGCACUUUGCUGGGCAACGAGACACUACGCAGACGAUACUACGAUAGGAAGAAGAAAGAAUAUUUUUUCGAUCGUCACAGACCUUCCUUUGAAAUUGUCUUCGCCUACUUUCAGUAUGGAGGCAAACUGCGCAGACCCGAGUACAUUCCAGAAGACGUCUUCCUCAACGAAAUUGAGUUCUUCCAACUGGAACAAGACAUUAUCGAAGAUUACAAACUAUCGGAAGGUUACACUUUAGAGGAAGUUAUUUAUCCCGAAAACGAAACUCUGAAGAAGAUUUGGCUGACGAUGGAGUACCCAGAAACAUCUCGCACUGCCUACGUGGUAGCUGUUGUUUCCGUCGUUAUGACCAUUGUGUCCAUCAUCUUGUUCUGCGUGGAAACAUUGGAAAGAUUCUCCAAGAGUCACUGCAUAGAGGAUGAGGCACCCAACUUUCUCGAUGCUUUCUUCAUCAUUGAAACAGUCUGCACUGCUUGGUUCACCUUCGAGGCUAUUGUCCGAUUCAUCUCCUGUCCCAACAAGUGGCUGUUCUGGUUUGGUUUCCAGAACAUCAUCGAUGUGACAGCGGUUGUUCCAUAUUAUGUCACACUCUUUAAUGUUCUCUCCACCAUGAGUUGUUCCACAGCCAAAUCCAGCGCAUCCCUGGCUUUCCUGCGGGUCAUCAGGCUGGUGAGAGUGUUCAAACUGACCAAACACUCCACCGGCCUCCAGGUUCUCAUUCUGACCAUCAAAGCAAGCAGCGAGGAGCUUUGCCUCUUCCUCAUGGUACUGCUGGUUUGCAUGCUGGUGUACUCCAGCGCCAUCUAUUAUGCCGAGAUGGGUGUUCCAAAAUCAAACAUCAACAGCAUACCGGACGCGUUUUGGUGGGCCAUAAUAACAAUGACGACGGUGGGGUACGGAGAUAAAUAUCCCGUUGGUCCUUUCAGCAAACUGAUCGGAGCCGCUUGUGCCAUUUCUGGAGUGUUGGCUCUCGCCAUGCCCGUGCCUAUCCUCACGGGCCACUUCAACAGGUUCUAUGCACAUAAAACUGGAAGGUGCAAGUACAUUUGA